AUGGCGAAAAACCGUGCCGCCUGGAUUCUCUCUCCAGGAACCAAUUCUUUCUUGAUUGCAGAGGCCCCGUCUUAUAAACCGAAAGCUGGAGAAGUGCUAAUCAAGAACCAUGCGGUUGCAGUGAAUCCGAUCGACUGGAAAAACCAGGAGAAUGGCACAUAUCAGAAGGCAUAUCCGUUCAUUCUUGGACGAAAUGCCGCAGGAACAAUAGAAGAUAUAGGGGAAGGGGUCACUAGGUUCCAUAAAGGACAACGUGUCAUGGCGCACCUCCAUAGUCCAAAGACAGGAGAAUAUGCGAACUCGUCUUUUCAACUGUACCCUGUCGCCUCUGAGCGCCUGACUGCGGCGAUUCCUGCCUCUCUGAGCUUCGAACAAGCUUCCGUCCUACCCCUUUCUAUCUCAACGGCCGCGGCUGGUCUCUAUCUUCCCGGAUAUCUGGGUCUACCUCUGCCAUCAAGCGAGUUGAAGACAACAUCUGAGACUCUUCUUGUUUGGGGAGGUGCCUCCUCUGUCGGUAUGGCUGUAAUUCAGCUAGCAGUUGCCUCAGGUUUGAAGGUAGUUACCACUGCUUCUACUUCUAAUCAUUGUCUUCUUCAAUCCCUUGGAGCCGAUGCAGUGUUUGACUACAAGUCUGAAUCUGUUGUUGAGGAUAUAUCGAACAACCUUAAGAACUCUAAUUCCAUUGCCAUAUACGAUGCAAUUGGCGAAGAGCGCAGUUUUGAGCCACUCCGAGCUAUUGUGAAAUAUCUCCAUGGACCGGUCAAGAUUGCCAGUGUCCUGCCUUGUAACAAACCCUCGGAAAAUUUCAACCCAAAGUUCAUUACUUCAUACGGCAUUGCCUACCCACCCAACGAGAAUGUAGGGGAAAAGAUCUGGGGUGAUUUCGUACCCAAUGCACUUGCAAGCGGCAAGCUACAGGCCAAGCCUGACCCUAUUAUAGUUGGACAUGGACUGGAGGAACUGCAGAAAGGUCUUGAUCUUCAAAAGGCUGGUGUUUCUGCAAAAAAGCUCGUGAUUAUGCUGUAA